AUGAAUAGAUGGUCUCCUCCUUUAAGGGGAAGACUGAAAACUAAUAUAGAUGCUUCUGUUUUGUCUGGUAACCAUUAUGCUGGAAUUGCUCUAAUAAUAAGAGAUUUUACAGGUCAAUUAGUGGAGGCAUGGACAUUGGUAGAGAGAGUCAGGGAUAUAACUCAGGCUGAAGCUGUUGCGGCACUUAAAGCUCUGCAAUGGAUCAUUCAACUUCAAAUUCAGAAUGUUAUUGUGGAAGGUGAUAACAAGAAAGUUAUGGAAAGUAUCAAUGGCAUGUGCAAUAUCUCUCCCUGGGAAGAUGUUGAAGGUUCAGUUCCUCUUUCAAAAACGUUCAAGUUUGUAAAUCAUGGUAAGCUUUCAAAUGGAAUUUCGACAGAAAACAAUGCACAAUUUCGUGCCGUUCCUCAAAUCAUAAACCAUCCUUUCCAACUUUGUUUCUAUACCACCACCAAUUCCAAAACCUUAUUUACUCUGGGCUUGUCAAUGGGUGGCUUCCGUAGCACUGGUGCUCAAGCAAAUAGUCUACGGCGUUGGGUAUGGGCAGCAAACCCAACCAGACCGGUCGGAGUAGAUUCUACCUUAAUAUUUGGCAGUAACGGUAAUCUUAUCUUAGCCGAUACUAAUGGUCAAGUCGUUUGGCAAACUAAAACCGCCAACAAAAAUGUUACUGAUAUCAAACUACUCUCGAAUGGAAACUUAGUUCUGCUCGACAAAAAUGGUGGAUUUGUCUGGCAAAGCUUUGAUUUCCCUUCUGAUGCACUCUUGAAUGGUCAAGCGAUCCGUGGCGAUGGUUCAAAUAAACUAGUAAGCGGAUCCUAUAGUAUGUCAAUGGAAGGGUCAUUCCAUCUAACUCUAUUCUUCCAGUACAAGAAAUUCCCACCUUUCAUCUAUCAUACCUCUACUUGGUUUUUUGGCUCCACUGAGAAAGUUAGAUAUUUCGCUGAUGGUAAGGGGUAUGGUCUCUCUUAUGAAACUAUUGAUACUGAACUUGAUGAAAAGAAUGUAUGGGCUCAACCAGGAUACAACACCACUUUGUCAAUGCUUCGACUAGGCAAAGAUGGCAACCUUCGUGUUUAUACCUACAAUGGGAACAAGAAUACAUGGGAGAAUAGGUAUAUGUACUUCUCUUCGAUGGUUAGUGAGUGCAACUUGCCUGAGAAAUGUGGUGUUUACGGGUUCUGUGAGAACCAGACAUGCGUUUCCUGUCCUUCGUCGGAAGGGUUAACGGCUGCUACUUGGAGCAAUGAGUGCAGAAGGGAAACGAUACCUCGUUGUAAAACUUCGAAACCAGAAGCAGCAGAUUACUACAAAAUGGAAGAUGUGACAAGUUCGAUGCGGAGUUUCAACGACUGGGAUUUUAAAGUAAUGACUGUCGAUGAUUGUAAGAUGAUAUGCAGCAAGGAUUGCAAGUGUACUGGUUUCUUCUACAGAAAAAAACGAAAAUUCUUGCUUGGUUGCUACAACUGA